AUGGGCUCCACCGGAACCAUAGCAUCAUUACCGUCACUUCCUAUGGAACUUGUGGAAGAAGAAAUCUUGUGUAGGUUACCAGUCAAGAUACUCUUGCAACUCCGGUGCGUAUGCAAGUCAUGGAGAUCUCUAAUUUCCGAUGAUCCUAAAUUCACAAAGAAGCACCUUUGCAUGUCAAAGAUUUUAAAGCAACAACAACACCUCAUCUUGAAUGUUCCCAUCGGUAGCCGGCUUUCCUUGGACUGCCCACUUUCCGAUUUUUUCAGCGAUAUAUCUAACCCUACUGUCACACAGACUCAACUCAAUAUCCCAAUUUCCAAUUCCUGGAACCACCCACUUUCGCAAAUUUGCUCUUGUGAUGGCCUUCUUUGCUUAACCUUUGAUGGAAGAAGUAGAACCUUUGGUGAAAGACCUGCUGUUUUGUGUAACCCUUCCCUUAGAAAAUACAGUACAUUGCCUCCAUUGGAAAAUCACCGGAAAAGAGAAUAUAGUUAUAGAGAAGUAAAGUCUUGUUUAUUUAGCUUUGGAUAUGAUCAUGUCAAUGAUGUUUAUAAGGUUAUUGCCAUUUCUUGUUUUAAGGACAAACACAAAGUUAAAGAAGUUGAUGUUUAUACUUUGGGUACUAAUAAUUGGAGAAGUAUUCAAGACUUUCCAUAUUCUUCUCCCUUCAAGCAUGGAGUAUUUGUGGGUGGCACUGUUAAUUGGUUGGUAGAUCCAUAUUCUUCUCCCUUCAUUGUUUCUCUUGAUUUGAAGACGGAGUCGUAUCAAAAGAUUUCGCAGCCUGAUUUGAAGAUGGAUCUUUGGGCCUUAGGGAUGUUUAGGGAUUGCUUGUGUAUCUUUGCCAAUUCAACUAUGUUUUUGGAUGUUUGGAUUAUGAAGGAAUAUGGGAUUAAAGAGUCGUGGACCAAACUAUACAAUGUUCCUUAUGUGGAAAAUCAAUAUACCUCUCCAAAGACCUUGUACAUUUCUGAUGAUGAUCAAAUGCUAUUUGGUUUUUAUGAUUUGGUAAAUUUAAAAUCCAAGCUGGCUGUUUACAAUUCCAAAAAUGGUAAUGUCAAGAUUCCUAACAUUCAAUACAUCGAUAGUUUGAUUUGA